AUGGAGAACGCCGCCGGAGACAUCGCCACUCUCACCAUUCUGACAGAAGCAAAGGUGAGGGUGAGCCGAAGGAGAGCAGGCGACGAUCGUCCCAUCAUCGUCACCACCGGGAGGAUAUUCCCGAAGAGCCAAUCCCGAAACCGACACAGCAAACCCCACGCCGACGGGAUAGCGGCUUCUCAGCUGAUAGUUCUGGUAGCUCUAGCCGUCGCCAACGAAGCGCUGAAGAGCAGGAGGCCCAUGAGAAGCGAAAGGCAGAACGACGAGCAAGGGACAUGGAAAGAGAAACGCGCGAAUUACCGCGUUCUCGAGACGGCAAAAGCAAAGAGCAUGAUUAUCGAGAAGUCCCACGCUCCAGAGACGGAGACGGAUCAAAAUGAUCCUCCACGCUCCAGAGACGGCAAAACAAGGGAGAUGGGUCAAAAUGACCCUCCUCGCUCCAGGGACGGUAAAACAAGGGAGAUGGAGCAAAACAACCCUCCUCGCUCCAGAGACGGCAAGAGCAAGGAACAGGAAUCUGUCCGAUUUAAAGAGCCCAAGCCAGAGGAAGGCGAACGUCGUCACCGGCGUUCCCGCAGGCAUAGUCACGCGAGCCAUACGUCUAGACCGGAGCCUGCCAAGGAACCACCAGUGUCGGACCGAGACAUUGAAAAAGAAGAGGAAGUCCUUCCAGAGAAGAAGUUUUUCGGAAUGAAGAACGCACAAGGUGUAUUACGAAGCAGUAGCUCAACACCACCGACCCGUGAGCAGGUGGCUGCACCGGAGCCUAGUCCCGAGGAGCCUCCGCUGGAUGAAACCCCAAAGAAGCACAGAAGCUCGCGACAUAGACACAGCUCUAGCAGACAACCUCCCGAGGAACCAAGGCCCCGGUCUAGCAGAAAACAGGAGGCUCCCUCAGAAGAGCGAGGCAAAUCGAGCCGUGGCCCGCCCGAGGAUGCCGCUCGCAAAGCGAGGUCUUACGAGAGAAGGAAAGCAAGGGAGGAAGAAAAGAAGCCCACUGGCAUCAAGGCCGCGUUCAAGAAGCUGUUUUCAAGCUCUUGA